AUGCAGCUGCGGAGAUCCCUCUUGCCCUUUGUGGCUGCCAGCCUGGCACUGCUCCAGACUGUCCGAGCCUUCGACGUCAUCGUCGACGAAGUCACCUGCGCACGCAUGCUUCUCACCGUCGACCUGACUCCGGCCGAAUACCAGACCGCCUAUGCUGUCUACGUCCUCAUCGGAGGCGAGCAGGUCUCGGAGUUUACGCUCAGCGGCUCCUACACGGCCACGCAGCUCAGCGCCGACUUCAACGCCAUCUUCUUCGAUGGCUCCCAGCCUACCACCGGCACCUCGACCGUCGAGUUCCAGCUGGUCGACUCGGAUGAGAACCCGCUGGUUGGCAGCCCGCCAAUCACUCAGGACAUCGAGUUCCAAUGUGGCACCACGCUACAGCCAACCAGCAGCGCCGCAUCCAACUCGCCUUCCUCUACCCGUGGCGGCAGCCGACCGUCCAGCACCGGAGCUGGCGGAGGCAACAGCGGGAGCACCUCGUCGUCCUCGUCCUCGGGCGGUUCGUCCAACACUGGCGCCAUCGCCGGAGGCGUCGUUGGCGGCAUCGCUGGUCUCCUGGCCAUCGGCGCUCUCCUCUUCUUCUGCAACCGGAAACGCAGGCGCGAUCAGCGGCGCCGCGGUCUGGUAGGCCACCACGACGUCGACGAAUCCGGCUCUCGAGGUGCCAACGACUCGACCGCCUCCCUCGCCACGGCCCCAGAGCCCGAAAAUGCUCAGACCCCGAUGAUGCGGGACAUCUCCACACGCAACGUGUUCGCCGAUCCUCCUGCCGGUGCUGCGCCUUCGUCGUCGAAUGGUGGCGGAUCCUCCGCUGCCGCCGGUGCUGCUGCUGCUGCUGGAGGCGCGGCGGCCGCGGGCGGACUCGGAGCCGCCGCCAUUGCCGCACGUCGUUCCACUUCGCGUUCCCGUUCUCGGUCACCUUCGCGCUCUGAGCACCGAGGGCCAUCUGCCUCGUCCAAGGCCGCUUCGCCGGAGAGGGUCGAGGCCGUCCCCGUUGCGCCGCCGAAGAGCGAGACGCAAACACCUGCGCCCGCUCUUGCGGCCGUGCCAGCGGCGGCCGAGGCCACCAAGCCCGAGCGCAGCGAGUCCGCAGCGCCGGUCACGACGACCGCCAACGUUGCGCCCGCUGCGGCGCGCGAGCCGAGCAAGAGUGACUCGGGAAGCAGUCCGUCCACGAGUCCCGAAGAUGAAGGUUCGAAGUCGAAAGCUUCGUCGCCUGGCGCUGCCACAGGUGUUGCCGGUGCCGGUGCCGCAACAGCCGCCGCGGCUGCCGCUGCGGGCACGACUUCCCCCAAGUCGAAGAAGUGGGGCUUCAAGAGGAACUCGCAGCAGGAGAAUAAGGUCAAAUCGCCCAAGAUGACCCCGACCGACAUCCAGUCUUUGGCGAGCACGGCGCCGUCGCAGAAGUCGGCUGACGGCACUGACUCGCCGGCGCGGUCGUUCAAGGUGAUCCAGAAGCCCCAGUCGCCCGAUGCCAACGUCGCCUCGGGAUCGCGGUCUGGCUAUGCGACGCCGUCGAGCUCGUCGCUGCGCAACCUCAACAACGGCGGCCCCAGCAACUACUCGGGCGCCCCCUCGGUCGCGUCGAUGUCGGCCGGCUUCAACGAGGCUCCGGCAAUGCCGCCGCAGCCCAACGCCGGAGACGGAGCGACCGACACGACGCCGACGAGCGAGUUCGGCGGCAACAUGGCGGGAGUGGGCGCCGGGCGAGCGUUUUUCGGCGGCGCAUUCGCCGGCGGACCCGCUGGACCCGGCGCCAUGGGCGGCGGCAGCACCAGCUCGGCCCACUCGACUAAGUGGCACCAGCAGCAGCAGUCGUACAACGUCAUGCCCAACUUUGCCGCGCGGCCGCUGGCGCGCUCGUCGCAGCUCGAAGAGGACCUCAUCUUUGGCAACCUGGGCAUGGGACUGAGCCCCGGCCCGGGCCUGGCUGGCAACGGCAGCGAGGGCGGCAGCGCGAGGAGCGCGAGGAGCAAGGGAAGCCGACAGGAUCCCUUUGGCGAUCGAUGA